AUGGCCGACAAAAGGAAACUGCAAAGUGACAUUGAAAGAAACCUCAAGAGAGUACAGGAGGGGAGAACUGCCUUCCAGGAAAUACUGGAUAAAUUUGAAAGUACCAACAAUCCGACUCAAAAAGAAAAAUUUGAAGGCGAUCUAAAAAAAGAGAUUAAAAAACUUCAAAGAUUAAGAGAUCAAAUCAAAACAUGGAUUACAGCUAGUGAAGUGAAAGAUAAGCGACCAUUAUUAGAAGCACGUAAGGAAAUCGAACAGGAUAUGGAACGAUUUAAAGUAAUUGAAAAAGAGACAAAAACUAAAGCUUAUUCCAAAGAAGGUCUAUUAUCAACUGAAGCGAAAAAAGACCCGUUACAGAAAGAAAAAGAAGAAUUAGAUGAUUGGUUAAAACAAUGUAUUAGUUCAUUAAAUACACAAACAGAAAAAUAUGAGUUUGAGAUUGAAAGCUUAUCAAAUAAUACUAAAAAGAAAAGAAUAGAUAAAGAAACAGCUUCAGCAAUCGAUGAAAAACGUCAACGUUUAGAAAUGUGUUGUUUUCAUGUUGAAAAACUUGAAACCAUUAUGCGUUUAUUAGAUAAUGAACGGUUAGAUUGUACAAAGGUUAGAUCUAUUCAAGAGUCUAUUGAAUAUGUGAUCGAUUGUAGUGAUAAUCAGUCUAUGUUUGACUUUAAGAAUAUUUAUGAUGAUUUAUGUUUGGAUGAGUUAGGUGAUUCUACUGGAAUAACUGCAGCACCAGGCACUGCAACAGGAAAUCAAGAGCAUGAUUUAAAUGGUGUAAUUACCCCCGGUACUACACUGGUAAAUCAACGAGUAGGGAGUGAUGAUGCUGGCUCUUCAACUUCGACUCAUACAAGUGCAUCAAAUAAUACAGAUUCGUCUGUCACUCAUCCUGGGUCAUCGGCAUCAUCCAAUGCGUCUUCUUCCCGAGAACGUGCUAAAAGUGAUGAUAAAGUCUCCUUGUUACCACAUGUAUCCGCUUCUUCUACUAGUACACCUAUGAAAUCUUCAAAUACACCAGGUUCAUCGGGCAAACAAAAACCCGCUGCUUCAAUUAAUCAAACUGCUCCUGCUCUUAUGUCCCAAGUUGUUGCUGGCACUCCUAAUAAAUCUGGAAAGUUGAACGCAAAUAGUCAUUCAACAUCAAACAGUAUGACAAUCGUUGCCGAGAUAGGCCCGGCCAAACCCUCUAGUACUAUAGAUUCUCAGGUCGUUGUUGACGAUCUUGCUCGAAACCAGAAGAACGAAACCACCCAAAAACAUAAUGACCGUCCCAAUACAGUUACAACAAAUCCUCAGUUACAAUCACAGAUAAAAAAUGACCCCAGUGACGAUAGCAAUUCAUUAACACCUUUCUCCUCUGUUUCAGGAACAAAUUCAACGUCUACAGCACCUAGUCUUGCAUUUUCCGCCUCUCAUGUAAAGGAAGAUUCUUCUGUGAUCAACAGUCGAGAAGAAUUACUUGCGCCAUGUCAACCGUCAUGUGUUUCCAACUCAAUAAAUUCUUCGUCACCUAUUCCACUGCGAAGUAUGUCAUCUGAAGUUAGCAAAGCUUCAGGUGUUACUAAUGCUUACAACAAUUCGAUGCUUUCCACUUCUACAGACGAAAGCUCUGAAAACGUAAAUCGUACUCCUCCCAGUCUAUAUUCAACGGCUAUGCUAGCUGCUUCUCAGGAUAAACAAUUGUCAUCCCUACUCGCUUGCUCUCAACAUCCAUCUUUAGGACGUGCAGGUUCGAAUUCUGUUGUGGAUCCGUCACUUUCUGCAAUUUCCUUGUCCAGUAAAUUUCACUCAACAUCUGGUGUUUCAUCUUUACCACUUCCUUCAACUGUCAUAUCUACAACCAAUCCUCAAGUACAGUCCUCUUAUUUGGGACUAGACAGCCAACUAUCCAGUAUACAACCGUCUUUACAUUCUCAACAAAUAAAAAAUCAGAAUAGUCCUGUUCAUGCUCAUAUGCAUCCACGUGAUGCUGCUGCUCCCUUCCGUAACAGAAAUUUGGACAAACCCAAAGGAGCUGUACCACAAGAGCUUCUUUUACAACUUCAAGCAUUAGAAAGUGGUUAUCGUCGUUUACCACAUUCAUGUGAUACAGAAAAAUCUCGUAUGAUUAUAUGUAAAAAUCCAAUUAAUUGUCCAAAUUAUUAUCCACGUGAACCAUUAACUGGUACUGAUAAUGAAGAAUAUUAUAUGAAAUUAGAUGCACAAACAUUAUUUUUUAUAUUUUAUUAUUUUGAAGGUACUAAAGCACAAUAUUUUGCUGCUAAAGCAUUAAAACGUAUGUCAUGGAGAUUUCAUACAAAAUUUAUGAUGUGGUUUCAACGACAUGAAGAACCUAAACAAAUUACUGAUGAAUAUGAAUCUGGUUCAUAUAUUUAUUAUGAUUAUAGAACAAUGAGACAACGUAAAAAAGAAGAAUUUAUGUUUCAUUAUAGUUUUUUAGAAGAUAAAGAUUUUUAA